CGCUACUACGGUCGAGGUGAACAGGGCUACAGAAGCACGCAACGCAUUUGUAAUUGUGUGUGUUUGUGUGAGCGAGAGGGGGCUCCGUUCAUCUAGACACAAGCUGGAGGAGGGAUUGAAAAGGAAGGACAUAUCCGUAAUACUAGGGCAGAAAGGCCCAAGGUAGAGUAGUAUGUGGCCAUGAGUAGAGUAGGCAGGGCAUGGGAGGGAGGGCGAGAGUUGUAGUAGUAGAAUGUUGCCCAGCAGGGUCCAACUGGGUAUGGCAAUCACCGGUUGUCACCGAUCGUCGCUGCCACAAUUUACGAGCCCAUCGCAACGCAAUUGCUCUACUACCCUCAGUCAUGCUAUGACUCUGCGCCGAGUUUUCUGAACCAUCGUCGUCGUCGUCGUCUCGGUGUUUCCUACACCUGCAUCAUCCGUUUGCGUAGGGUAUAAACUAGGCUUCGACAUUUCGAGGAGAAUUUUGGUUUUUGAAGGUUGACUGACCCUGGCGGAGAUUUUACCCGUUUUCUGCUGCUGCUGUUGUUGUUGUUGUUGUUGAGAGGAUAAACAACCUGCAGGAUCGUGGUGCUGGAGUUUUGUGGCGUUGGGUUUGGUACUUGGGGAUUUGGGUGGAUUCCAGAGUGUGGAAUUUUGUGGAUUGAGGGUGAGGAGAAGACAGAAAGAGGUGUGUUGUAUCGGGAAUCGAUUUUGUAGUGUUGGGAUUUAGGGGGUUGUCAAGCAGCAGGGAGGAGGAGUUUUGAGGCAUGGGAGGAGAAGGAGUUGUGGGAGCUAUGGGCCCUCCUCCGGUGCAAGAUACUGAAGCAGCAGGGCCGGCUGAAGGAGAGGCUGUGGAAAACAAGAUAAAGACAGACCCAUGGAAACUGGAGCCUCAACCAAUUCGUGAAGACCAAGUAGUUAAUGCUGUCAAUUUUCUUUCUCAUCCAAAAGUUCGGUCGUCGCCCAUCGUUCAUCGACGUUCGUUUUUGGAGAGGAAGGGCCUGACGAAAGAGGAAAUCGACGAAGCUUUUCGCAGGGUUCCGGAUCCUCCAUCUUCAGAGGUAGCCGCAGCUUCUGCGGCAACAAAAGGUGCCCAAGUGAGUGUACCCUCAUCUCAGUCAAUUGCUCCAGCUCAGAGUCAACCAUUAACUGCUCUGGCAAGAAGAGAACUAAGCUGGGGACAAAAGCUGCUUGGGCUGGGGGCAAUAGUGGCGGCGAGUGCUGGUGCAGGUGUCAUCACCAAGGUGUAUUUACUUCCAAAGUUCAAAUCAUGGGUACGUAGCAUCCUGGUAGAGGAAAGUGAAAUUGAUAAGAAGGUAUCUCCACCCACAGAGGGGCCACCCGUUGAGCCAGUUGUGAAUGAGGUUGCUCUAGCAGCUAACGCUGCAGCUGCAGCUGCCUCUGAAGUGGCUGCAGCAAUGCGUGAGUUUUCUCAUGCUAGAGUUAAAGAAAGUCUGCAGCUGGGAAGCAUAAUCAAAGCAUUGGAGUCACAGACCCAGGAGCUGAAAUCUGCCCUCUCCGGCAUGCGGGAUGUUGUAACCGAUCGGGAUGCUGUGACCAAUCGGGAUGUUGUGAACAACUCCGAGUUAACUCCUACGUCAUCAUUUGGCAGAGGUUAUCGAUCAGAUCCCUGGCGUACACCUGAGAUGCCCCGUCCCUCAGCUAUGCUGGCCGAACGACCGUACGCAUUAGCAGUGAUACCACCACCCUCGCCACCCCCGGCUGAAAGAGAAGAGUCGCCAGAGAAUGGGUCGGAGCCUAUGGGUAGCUGAGUAAUUUAGUGGUUAUAGAAGCCAAUGAUGUACUUCUCUUAAGGUUAUUUGGUGUUAAUUAGCCUCACGGCGAAAAAAGCUGAAGUGCGUGAUCCGGUUCUCAAAUGCACAGCCCUACCCUCUGGUGCUCCCGUGGCGAAGUAAGAGUUUUAGUAAAUAUGUUUUGACUGUCAAUAUACUUCCAAUGUACAAGAAUAGACCGGCUUGAAGUUUGUCUCAUGUGUACUAGAGCACCAUUGCUAUUUU